CCCUCCUAGUCGCUGCAGUAAACGCUAGAGCAGAGCGACGGCGGGUGUCUUCUGUCCUCCCAGCUGCAGCGAAGCAAAACGAACAUUUGCCCGGACAAGAAGAGACUGAUCGAGUUUAUUUUCUGCAGUCAGUUGUUGCUGCCCGUUUUUGAAGCGGAGUAUUGUUCCCCGAGCAACAAAAUGGGAAAUGAAGCAAGUUAUCCCCUGGAGAUGUGCUCGCACUUCGAUGCAGAUGAGAUUAAGAGGCUAGGAAAGAGAUUUAAGAAACUUGACCUAGAUAACUCUGGAUCCCUGAGCGUAGAAGAGUUCAUGUCCCUUCCUGAACUGCAGCAGAAUCCACUGGUGCAGAGGGUUAUCGAUAUAUUUGACACAGAUGGCAACGGGGAAGUGGACUUUAAAGAGUUUAUUGAGGGCGUCUCACAGUUCAGUGUUAAGGGAGACAAGGAACAGAAACUCAGAUUCGCUUUCAGGAUCUACGACAUGGACAAGGACGGCUACAUUUCCAACGGUGAACUGUUCCAAGUGUUGAAGAUGAUGGUGGGAAACAACUUGAAGGACACACAACUGCAGCAGAUUGUAGACAAGACCAUCAUCAAUGCAGACAAGGAUGGCGACGGGAGAAUAUCUUUUGAAGAGUUCUGUGCUGUCGUUGGUGGUCUCGACAUUCACAAAAAGAUGGUAGUGGAUGUGUGAGUCUUUGAGCGUCCUCCCUGCCACCACCAACACGCGCUUUCCUUUUCCAUCUGUGAUGAUCUGCUCAAGACAUCUAGCAAAUGCUCUCUUUCAGCGGAAGUAUUUACUCUGUGAAGCUACCUUAUUGCUACCACAAGCCUGGUGAAGCCAACGCGUAAGUGUUUUUAAACUCCGAUCCUCACAAUAAUCCGGUGUAGCACUUUACUGACUGAAGAUCAGCUAAGAGCAUCUCUGUCUGGACAAGGGAAGACGGGUUGACUGGUUUAUUAUUCGUUUCCCUUUUCUUUACUUUUGUAUUUUUUGUUGUAUUUAUUUUGUGUCACUUUUUUAAGCAAGUGUUUAUUACGCUUCCUGAAAAGGAUGAAACUAUGUUAAAAGUAAUGACAACUUUUCAGUGCAGGAGUAAUUUAGGGGUAUGAUGUGCCAAGCAGAACACAGAAUUCGCAAAUCAGACAGAAAUCUUUAUAAAUAAAAAUAAUGUGUUUUCUUUUCUUUUUUUAAGUGAAUACUUUUUUCCAUUUUGCAAUGUUUCUAUUGUUCUUACAUUUAAUCAUGAUAAUCAGUACUUUUUGUAUUGUGAUAACUUGUUUAUUUAUGAACGUUCAUAUUACAGAAGUGUAACGUUAUUCCGUGUUUAACUCAGUGGCAGUCCACUAGAAAUAGAUGCCUGAAAAAUCAACUGUAUUUGCGGUUUACCGAAAUAUUGAAUAUCAACGGAUUCUUCCCGUUAGGUUUCCGUUAAAGAUUUGAUGAUAAACUA